AUGCCGACGUCCCGGCCCGGGUCUGAGCCGGUGGAGUUCUGGGUGGACGGGUCCAGGAGGGACGGGACCGUGGAGGAGGUCUACAAUCUGAGCACCGAGCUGGGCAGAGGAGCGACGUCCAUCGUUUAUCGCUGUGAGGAGAAAAACACCCAGAAACUGUUCGCAGUUAAAGUCCUGAAGAAAACGAUCGAUAAGAAGAUCGUCCGGACGGAGAUCGGAGUCCUGCUGCGUCUGUCGCACCCCAACAUCAUCCAGCUGAAAGAAAUCUUUGAGACGGACACUGACAUCGCUCUCGUGCUCGAACUCGUGACCGGUGGCGAGCUGUUUGAUAGGAUCGUGGAGCGAGGCUACUACAGCGAGCGAGACGCCGCUCACGUCAUCAAACAGAUCCUGGAGGCCGUGGCGUACCUCCAUGAGAACGGUGUGGUUCAUCGGGAUCUGAAACCGGAGAAUCUUCUCUACGCGGAUCUUUCUCUGGACGCUCCGCUGAAGAUCGCUGAUUUCGGUCUUUCCAAAAUCAUCGAUGAUCAGGUGACCAUGAAGACGGUCUGUGGAACGCCGGGGUACUGCGCUCCGGAGAUUCUACGAGGAAACGCGUACGGACCCGAAGUAGACAUGUGGUCUGUGGGAGUCAUCCUCUACAUCCUGCUCUGUGGGUUCGAGCCGUUCUUCGAUGCGAGGGGGGACCAGUACAUGUACAGCCGGAUCCUCAACUGUGACUACGAGUUCGUGUCUCCGUGGUGGGACGAGGUCUCCCUCAACGCCAAGGAUCUGGUCAGUAAGCUGAUCGUGUUGGACCCUCAGAAGCGUCUCAGCGUGCUCGAGGCGCUGCAGCACCCGUGGGUGCUCGGCAAGGCGGCUCGCUUCUCCCACAUGGACACGACCCAGAGGAAGCUGCAGGAGUUCAACGCCCGCCGCAAACUGAAGGCAGCCAUGAAGGCCGUAGUCGCCACCAGUCGGAUGCACGAAUGUUCUCGCCGUCGUACCGACAGCUGUGAGAUUCCGGGUUCGGGGACGUCGAGGCAGAGCAGCAUGCAGCAGGACCCCCCCCCUGAGUCUACAGACCCCCCCCCUGAGUCUACAGACCCCGCCCCCACCGACCCAGAGGCCCCGCCCUCAGAGGAACGAUCACAGGAAGAGUUCAAACCCGCCAAUCAAAGCCAAACACAACCUGGCUCCCCCUCCACCAUCACAGCCCCCGCCCCCACCACAGGCCCCGCCCCCACCGCAGGCCCCGCCCCCACCAGGCCACCGCUGCGGGCAGACGGGCAGCGGCAGGCGUCCGUCAUCCCCAAAACUGUGCUGGUCCAACCCCGCCUGCCUCAGAAGAGCUGCUCCGUUGAGCCCGCCCCCCCCCCCGCUGACCACGCCCCCCAGUCCUAA